AUGCUUGAAUGCAUCCAGAGGAGAGCAACAAGGCUGGAACCCUCAUCCCUCACCACAGCUCUGGAGGACUUUGUGACACCCAAGGAGCUGGAUGGAAAAUACUGCCUCAAAUGUAGCAAGUGUGAGAAGAAGGUAACUGCCUCUAAAAGAGUUACAGUUCAUCAUGUGCCCAAAGUCUUCACAGUGUGCCUGGAAAGAGCUGCCGAUCACACAGGCAAGAAGAUAAGCAAGAUUGUUGAGUAUCCCGAGUACUUGAAUCUUCGGCCAUACAUGUCUGACACAGCUGGAGAGCCCCUCCUCUACUCCUUAUAUGCUCUUGUGGUGCACAGCGGUGACACCUGUCUUGAUGGACACUUCUUCUGCUACACAAAGGCCAGCAAUGGACUAUGGUACAAGAUGGAUGAUGAGACUGUGGAUAAUUGUGGCAUCCAUGCAGUUCUCAGGCAGCAAGCCUAUUUGCUGUUCUAUGCCAGAUGCUCUGAUUUGAAAAUGGGAGGAAUGAUGGCUUCCUCUCUGACACCAUCCUAUGCCCAUUCCUUCUUCAGUCAGUGGGAGGCUAGCAGUGAGCAGGCGGGUUCUGCAAGGACACAUGGUCAACCUGGUAGGACUGUGUCAAUGCACUGCCAGAGGACAAGUGCCAGGGAGAAGAUCCAGAAUCGAUCCCUGCAGUGGGGAAAGGAUCACUGCAGCUUGUUCAUAAACAGCACUGACUCCAACAACUCAACAGGGAGGAAGAGAAAGAGAACUAGUCCUCCAGGUCAUGACCAUGCUCUCAAGGAUGGCACAGUUUCAGAACCCUUCAACAGUCAGUGGGCUCCUGCACCCAGUGGUUCUUGGGUACAACACCUGCCAAGACAGAAAGAGCAAAGCCAGUCCUCACCGCAGGGCUAUGAUCUUUGUAGACAACUUGUGGAGAUCAUGGACUACCGCCAGUCAGUGAGGAGGAGGAGGAGGAGGAGCUGGUGGGAAAGAAGCCCUCCACAUUGUGACCAAGACCCAAAGGAUGAUACACUGGAAGGAUCCUUGAAUGUGAGUUCCAAGGGGAACCCUUGUGCACCCAGUGCUUCUCAGAAGCAAUCCCUGCCAAGGCAGAGAAAGCAGGGCAGAUCACCACAGCAGGGCUAUGAUCUCCGCAGACAGUUUGUGGAGAACACAGACUACCACCAGUCAACAAAGAGGAGGAGGAAACACUCAUUUGGAACAAACAGGCAGAAAAGACAAAGGCAGAAUUAAAAUCCCUUGUUAGCCUUGUGUA